UUAUUUACUGGUUUUUUUGAACAGACUGAUUACGAUAAAACUUGGGUAUAAAAGCGGUUCAUUGCCUCGUCAAUUUAUUCAGUUGUGCAAGAUGUUGAAGUUAGUGACUCUCGUUGCGGCCUUUGUCGCCCUGUCGUCUCCCGUAUUGUCAUACGAGUGCGUCAAGAAUGCCACAUAUGACUGGCCCGACCCUGAGAACUGCCGCCACUACUUCCACUGCCACAACGGCACUCUUGAAAAAAAGAGUUGCUUCUAUUUGUUUAGGUUCAAUCCGAGCACUUUGACCUGCAGGUGGUGGAUGUUGGUCAACUGUACCGCACAGCCGUUCACCCCGCCACCGACUGUAGCCACAACAGCUCUUCCGACAACGGAACUUCCACCGACUGAAGCACCACCGAGUGAGUUACCACCGACACCUGAACCAGAACCUUCAUUUAAAUGAUCACAAACCAUCUUUAUGUCGUUUGACUGAUGUACAAAAAUAAUGAAUAAUAAUAAUAAAAUAUAAUAUAAUAAAAAAAGUAUUAAUAAUGUUAUAGUUAAAAUUAUAAUCGACCAGUGCUAUAAUAAUAAUAUUUUCAUCACCAUGGUUACAUAAAUGUAUAUUAAUGGCAAUAGAUUUAAAAUUUAGUUCAAAUUGAAUUAAUUUAAUCUAAGUUUCUUUAGCCCUGGUGAUAUCAUCACUAAAAGUAUAAUAAUUUUUGCACAGUGAUAUUUCAUUUUGGUGAAACCUUCCAUAUCAUCCUUUUUUUGUUAUUAUAUGCUUUUUUUAUUAUUAUUUUUCAAUUA